AUGCAGUCCAUCGAUCAACUCGCGUUCCCCCCUGGUAUUUCCGUGGGCCACGGUGCGAUGCGACCGGCAGAGACGAAGCUCGUCUUGAUUUGCGUCAAGGACUUCUUCGUACAGACCAUUUGCCUCAAGGCCCGCUCGCUCUUCCCAAAGAAGCCCCAGUACCUGCCCACUUAUCCAACAACUACGUUACCUGGUCUUCCCAAUGAGUUGAUCCGGCUGAUCGCUAGCUUCUUGCCGCCUCACGCGGAAGCCCUGCUAAUCCUCACUUGCAAACAACUGCUCUACACCCUCGGUACCCACUCAUGGCUGGUAGUUCCACCUUUGCUCAAAGAACGCAAGAUGUUCAUGCACCUGCUAGAGCGUGACCUACCCAACUACUACGGAUACUUCUAUCACCUAAGGCGCAAGCUUCCGCACAGCUACCCCUCCAACUUUGUGGAGAAUUCAAAGCGCCAUUACAUGACUGACCAUGGUUGGCUGCUCCCGAGUGCGCGGUUCGGUUACGCAGUGUCAUGGUCGCAUGUUGUAUUUGCUCUGAGGGCAGACUCUUUCGGUGCCUUGUAUGGCAUACCUCUGGACGCGUUCGCCUAUGACUCAUAUCAGCGUAUCGAAUGUACCACACCCGAGUACGCGAAGUUCAAGAAGAUUAAGGAGACCAGGGUGUCCAAAUGGUCCAAGUUCAAUCGUCGUCGUGAAGAUGAUACGCAAGUGCAAUUGAGCGCUCGCGCUCGCAUCGUGUCCGGCCACCUUAUACUUCGGUGCAUCUACACAGUCUCGAACAAGAAACGCCCGGCUAAUCUGGAUGAUCUAAAGACAUUAGGGCUCGAUGUCUGUGGGUGGGCUCCCUAUGACGGCUCCGGCUGGGCCGAUCGUCCUGUUCCACCCUCUCAACCAGCGGACCUCAACACGACUGCUGGCACUGUAUCUCAGUCGCCAGAUGCAAGGGUAGACAUCAAAGAAACUGUUGGAUUGUUCCAGACGAUGAAAGAUGUUCUGAGAACAAACGCCGACAUUGAUUACAGCGGCCGGUGCACCUUCUGCUUCACUGAAUACUCUGUACAGGAAGCCUCCCUGGAACCGAAUAAUGGCAUCGAAGUCGUCGUCUGGCACGAUCUUGGGGACGGGAAGUCGAAGGAUGGUAUUUUCUGGGCGAAGAAUGUACACUGGAAAGCACUUGUUAAUGAGGACCAGUCACACAUGUGCACUAGGCACUAUGUCCGCCCUCACAGUAUUCGCGACGCCUUCGAGGACGGUAACGGCUCUGGGCUCUACUUUCCGCGCAACAUAAGGCCGAGCCGAAACCCUUGCAAUCGUCAACGCUUCACGCUUAGCUUGAACACUGGCAGAGCAAGAAAUUCUCGAAGUAGUGUUUGA